AUGAAAUUACUUUAUAAAGAUUUAUUAACCAAAUACAUUGAAGGAGACAAACCAACUACACCAAGAUCCAAUGAUAUUCCUAUUCCUUAUGUAGAAGUAAUGAAAAAUUUAUGGGAUCCUCAUCCUACCUGA